CGUCUGUCACUGUUGUCACUCAAAAUAAACGUGAAGAUUAAGAAUUAUCUGAUUUUGAAUCCCACGAGUUUCGUUGGUAGAGGACUUACAUCACAUGCUUUGCCUGUGAUUACGUAUAUGUGUGAGUGAAUUCCGAUUUGCAGGCCACUGAUAAAAAGCAGCUACACCAAUUCACAAACUUCCUAUACGGUUAAGUACGACCUCUCUCACCUUGAAUUCAAGACAUCCCCUCAGUUAAAAUGGCAUCUAUCAAAUCUUUGAAUUUAAUAGGAAACUUAAAAAAGGGAAUCACCAGAAGAUCAUUUUCAACAACAAAUGCUGUAGCCUCCAAGCAAAUGACUGUCAGAGAUGCUCUUAACUCAGCCAUGGACGAAGAAAUGGAGAGAGAUGAGAGGGUGUUUAUUCUAGGUGAAGAGGUAGCUCAAUACGAUGGAGCUUAUAAAGUAACCAGAGGUCUUUGGAAAAAGUAUGGAGACAAAAGAGUCAUUGACACACCAAUUACUGAAAUGGGAUUCACUGGAAUUGCAACCGGUGCUGCCAUGGCUGGUUUGAGGCCCAUUUGCGAAUUCAUGACAUUUAACUUUGCUAUGCAAUCAAUUGAUCAAAUCAUCAAUUCUGCUGGCAAAACCUUCUACAUGUCAGCUGGACGUGUAAAUGUACCAAUUGUGUUCAGAGGACCUAAUGGAGCGGCUUCUGGUGUAGCUGCCCAACAUUCUCAAUGUUUUGGAGCUUGGUACGCCCAUUGUCCAGGAUUGAAGGUUAUUUCUCCAUACAAUUCCGAAGAUAGCAAAGGACUAUUAAAAGCAGCCAUCAGAGAUCCAGAUCCAGUUGUGUUCCUAGAAAACGAAUUAUUAUAUGGUGUUCAAUAUCCGAUGUCCGACGAAGCCUUGAGCAAAGAUUUCGUACUACCUAUAGGAAAAGCUAAGAUUGAAAAGCCAGGAAAACAUAUAACAUUUGUAGCUCACUCGAAGGCUGUAGAAUUGUGUCUCGACGCUGCUAAAGAAUUAGCUGGUAAGGGCAUCGAAGCCGAAGUUAUUAAUCUCAGAAGUCUUAGACCAUUAGACACAGAUACAGUUAUGAAAUCGGUAGCUAAAACACACCAUCUUAUAUCAGUUGAAUUAGGUUGGCCAACAUGUGGUAUCGGCGCUGAAAUUCUCGCAAGAAUAAUGGAAACCGAAACCUUCUUCCAUCUAGACCAACCAGCCAUCAGAAUCACAGGUGCCGAUGUUCCUAUGCCAUACGCGAAAUCCUUAGAAGCCGCCGCCCUUCCAACAGCCAAAGAUGUCGUCGACGCAACGAAAAAGCUAUUGAAAGUCAAGUAGAUCUCGUAGAAUUAUCCAGUAACAAAUCAUCAUAAUACAUCCGAUCAACAAGAUGAAACUGCAAGGAAGAAAGUUCAAAGUAGAAUUCUGAAUGCAUUAGAUUCGAGUGAAACUUUUUGAUGUAAAAUAUGUCAAAAGUGCAAUUCUUGAUACAUCGGGUUAUUCAUGGCUGCCAUUUUUCCGUACUCUUGACAUAUGACGUACAAUAUAUACACGUCAUACGUCAUUGGUAGGCAUGUACCAAUUAUAUAUACCAAAGAUGUAUGACGUAUGACGUGUAUAUAUUGUACGUCACAUGUCAAGAGUACAAGAAAAAUGGCGACGAUGAAUAGCCCUAUUUUUAGUUUUUUAAGUUUUAAAUGGGCCUCUGGGUUUGCGUAUAAUACGAAUAAUAAAAUUGAAUUUCAAGAUGCAAAUUUUUUGAAAUUAAGUUUAAUAAUGUCACAAACAUUCUUCAGAAUCAGUAUGUAAUGGCAUAUUCUACAUCAGUUAAUAUUGUAACAUAACCUCAAUUUUUCUCAGGUAAAACUUGCAAUAGUCAAUCUUUAAAAUACUCAAAAACGUUGGGAAUGGUAGAUUGUCUCAACAACCAGAGGUUGUGUUGAAAUGUUUUACGCAUAAAGUUAUUAGGUCAAAAUCUGUGAUAUACGAGGCACUAGAAAUUGCGUCUUGAUUUGUGUUAGGUCACUCGUUAUAACUUUUUAUAUAUUUUAUGAAUUACUUAUAUGUUCUAUCUUUAUUAUAGUAUGUAUUCGUUUACAUCUGGGACGCAAUUUAAAAGAUAAUUUGUCAUUAUAAAUCACUUUCUAGUUACCUUGUAUAUCCUCAUGUUAUAAUGAAAUUGUGGUUGAUUGCCUAAUUGAAAAUAGCAUUUUAUUUACAAUUACUUAUUGCACAAAUUUCUCAAUUUUUCAAUUUGUUGUCUUUUAAUGUUUUGUUUUGUUGCGUACUUUUAUUAUCAAAUCAAUUUUACUUUAUUAAUUCCUCGCAUGUAAAUUAUCGAAAAUAAAUUAUUAUUUGUUAUAUA